CAUAUUUUUAUCAAUUCCAAAUUUCCAAUGACAAGAAUCCAAUACAUAACACUCCAUUUCACCAACCAUAAAUACCAUGCUAGAGUUAAAGUAUUCUCACACUUCAACAUUCAAAAAUCACAAGAGAUAGCAAAACCAGUUAAUAUAGGACAUGGCUUGCAGAGUGCAGAAAAGAGUAUCAUUGCGCAGAAGACUUCACAUCCUGCGAGUUCUUACCAACUCCAACAUCAAUGCCAAUAUCAACAGAAAUUCUACUGCUAAGAGUACUUUUCUACAUAUACAGAAGCUAAAGGUUGAACUGGAAAAUGUCAAAAGAGAGUAUGAAAACCUGAUAGCCACAAGAAGAUACUACAUUAGUCUACUGAAUAAUAAUGUCAAUGAUAACAAGGAGGUUAAAAUAGAGAAAAUAAGGGAAGGAACAUUUAUGAUGAAGGUGACAUGUGAAAAAGGAGGUGACAAGUUGGUUGCCAUUUUAGAGGGUUUUGAAAAGAUAUGUGUGAAUGUUGAGCAAGCAAGAGUUUCAAGCGAAAAUGGGUUUUCUAUGGAAGCUAUUAUUGUGGCUGAGGAUCAAAAUCUUGAUGUUAGAGAUGUUAAAGAAGUGAUUCUAAAAGCUAUUGGAAAGAAGAGUGGUGAAGAAGGAUCAGAUGAGCUUAACAAAUGUAGUCAUUUGUGAAUUUUUAAGUACAUUUAUUUGGUUAACAUCUUGUGUAGUUCAACAAGUUUUUAUCUAUUUUAUAUAUCUGUUAAAUAUGUAAAAGGAUUGUUGAAUGAAGACAUGAGAAUGACAAAUUCUGUUUUUAA